UGAGAAUCGAAAUGGCGACCUUGGCGGCUGCCAAGGUCCUUACCGCGGUCUUCGAUCUUGCCGUCUCCUCCUCCGCCACUUCUUUCGCUCAGCGCCGCCGACUAAUGUGCCGCGCCGCCGCUUCCCGCCUCGUUCCCCAUCCGCCUGAUCUCGUCCGUUGGGUCCGCCGCGAGGGUGGCUUCGUCCAUCCCAACAUCACGGUUUCCGAUCGCGGGCCAUACGGUUUAGGAGUCGUAGCAACCGGAGAUAUUCAGCCAGGGUCGGAACUCAUUGCCCUACCCAGUCAUCUUCCCCUUUUCUUCGAGCGGUGCCCGCAUAACGAUGAUGGUGGCUGUCAUUCCACUCUGAUGCAACUGGCUCUACGGAUUCCAGACGAACUAUGGUCAAUGAGGUUGGGCUUGAGACUUCUCCAGGAAAGGGCAGCUGUUGAUUCCUUCUGGUGGCCAUACAUCAGUAACUUGCCAGAAACUUAUAGCGUACCUAUUUUCUUCAGUGGGGAUGACAUAAAAAAUCUACAGUAUGCUCCACUAACUCAUCAGGUAAAUAAGAGAUGCCGUUUUCUUCUGGAAUUUGAGAAAGAGAUAAAACUUAUGCUUGACAAUGUUUCUCCAAGAGAUCACCCCUUUGCAGGCCAAGAUGUAAAUUCAUCAUCUCUUGGCUGGGCAAUGUCAGCAGUAUCUUCUCGAGCCUUCAGGUUGCAUGGUGAAGUUCUUAGCAAUGACAAGAAAGACAUUCCAAUGCUGCUUCCGCUCAUUGAUAUGUGCAACCACAGCUUUAUACCUAAUGCUCGAAUUUUUCAGGAACAAAACACAAACUCUCAAAAUAUGUCUAUAAAGGUUGUAGCUGACAUGCAAAUAAAGCAGGAUAUGCCAGUAUUGCUCAACUAUGGAUGUUUAAGCAAUGAUAUUUUCCUUCUGGAUUAUGGUUUUGUGAUACCGUCGAACCCACAUGAUCAUGUAGAACUGAAAUAUGAUGAGAGUCUUCUUGAUGCUACUAGUUUAGCGGCUGGAAUUUCCUGUUCAAGCUUUGUAUCUCCGGCUGAUUGGCAACAGGAGAUGUUAUCCCGUUUAAAUUUAUGGGGAGAUCAAGCUUUCCGCAAGGUGCAUUUGGGCGGGCCUGGACUGAUUGACGGCCGUUUGUUAGCUGCCCUAAGAACACUCCUCUCGGAUGACAAAGAAACUGCAGAAAAACACAAGUUUGAAACUCUCAUGACACUCUCAGAUGAUUUUCCUUUGGGAGUCUCGACCGAGAUUUCCGCUCUUCGAAUGGUAAUUGCUCUCUGCGUAGUCGCACUGGAAUCUUUCCCCACGAAGAUAAUGGAGGACGAAGCCAUUCUGAAAAAGGAAAUAUCCAAUUCAACCAAGUUGGCUGUCCAGUUUAGGAUGCAAAAGAAGUUGAUGAUUAUAGAUGUUAUGCGUAAACUCACUCAGAAGGUUAAGGUGUUGGCCAAGCUAGGAUCGAGUGCUCAAGGGUAGGCCUCUAUCACAUUUAUUUCUUGAGAUCCAGAACUCAUGCUAUGUUUUUUUUUCUUUUCAAGAGGCAAAGCGUUUGCACAUUUCAUUUAUUCAGUCAAGUCUUAUGUUACCUGAAGAAUUAGAAACGUACUUAUCAACUCUUGCACUGAUAGAACAUCCAAUAUUCCCAGUCAAACUGGUAUUAUAA